CAUGCCCUUCAUCCCAGUGGAAACUCCAGUCUUGUGCUACAACUCGGACCACCUACACCAAACCAAUCAUGUGUGACGACGAUGAAACUACCGCCCUCGUGUGCGACAACGGUUCAGGUUUGGUCAAGGCUGGAUUCGCCGGUGAUGAUGCUCCCCGUGCUGUCUUUCCCUCUAUCGUUGGCAGACCCCGUCACCAGGGUGUGAUGGUGGGUAUGGGUCAGAAGGACAGCUACGUCGGAGAUGAGGCUCAGAGCAAGAGGGGUAUCCUCACUCUUAAAUACCCCAUCGAGCACGGCAUCAUCACCAACUGGGAUGACAUGGAGAAGAUCUGGCACCACACUUUCUACAACGAGUUGCGCGUUGCCCCUGAGGAGCAUCCCACCCUGCUCACUGAAGCCCCUCUUAACCCCAAAGCCAACAGGGAGAAGAUGACACAGAUCAUGUUUGAGACCUUCAACGUUCCUGCCAUGUACGUUGCCAUUCAGGCUGUGCUGUCCCUGUACGCCUCUGGCCGUACCACCGGUAUUGUGCUGGAUUCUGGUGAUGGUGUGACCCACAAUGUCCCAAUCUAUGAGGGUUAUGCUCUUCCUCACGCCAUUAUGCGUUUGGAUCUGGCCGGUCGUGACCUGACUGACUACCUUAUGAAGAUCUUGACCGAGCGUGGUUACUCUUUUGUGACCACAGCCGAGCGUGAGAUUGUGCGUGACAUUAAAGAGAAGCUGUGCUACGUCGCUUUGGACUUUGAGAACGAGAUGGCCACCGCUGCCUCUUCCUCCUCCCUGGAGAAAUCCUACGAGUUGCCCGACGGACAGGUCAUCACCAUUGGCAAUGAGCGUUUCCGCUGCCCCGAGACCCUCUUCCAGCCCUCUUUCAUUGGAAUGGAGUCUGCUGGUAUCCAUGAGACUGCCUACAACAGCAUUAUGAAGUGCGACAUUGACAUCCGUAAGGACUUGUACGCCAACAAUGUCCUUUCCGGUGGUACCACCAUGUACCCUGGUAUUGCUGACCGUAUGCAGAAGGAGAUCACUGCUCUCGCCCCUAGCACAAUGAAAAUUAAGAUCAUUGCUCCCCCUGAGCGUAAGUACUCUGUUUGGAUUGGCGGCUCCAUCCUGGCUUCCCUGUCCACCUUUCAGCAGAUGUGGAUCAGCAAGCAGGAGUAUGAUGAGGCAGGCCCCUCCAUUGUCCACAGGAAGUGCUUCUAAACUUUUAUUAACCAAGCUACCCGUCCGUCUGAGUUUGUACUGUGCCUUUUGCUGUAUAUACAUUGUACCGUUGUAAUAAAAGUUGUGACGUGCUCUCA